UCCAUCUAGGGGGAGGGGAGGGCUGCAAUCAAUGAAUACCAAUCUAACGGCGCAUCUAUCUGCUUGAUUUUGCUAUUUGUGAUAUUCAAUUUAUGAAAGCACAUUUAAUGUCAAAAUUUAAAUUUUUUGACAAGUGAACGUAUAAUUGUAGGUAAUUUUUAAAUUAUUGUCUAUCAUAUGCUUUUUGUAUAAAUUAAGUUAAUAUGAAUAGAAUUUGUAUUUAAAUACUUCAAGUUUUGCAUUGACGACAGUUAUGUCUUUUUUACAGUUAUUUAUAUAAAGUAUCGUCGCUAUGAGGUACUCAGUGGGAUCCAUGGUAACAAGAUAGCUAUUUUAUGAUUAGGCUUUUGUGCAUUUGUGUGCUCCUGCCUUACAAAAACUCGAUGGUAGAUAAUUUUUCGAUAAAUGCGUCCUUGCAAUAGAAAUUUGCCUUUCGAAUCACGAUUUGAAAUGUCAAAUAAUGUGCUCAAUCACAUGCAAUGGUAUCGCGGGCUCGUUCGUCUUGUUACUGGGUUACUUACUGCACAACAAACUCGGCAAAACGUUUUUGAAAAUGACGAUUUUUCCUUUAUUGUGCUUCGUGUUUCGAAAGUUAUUUUGAUAAAUAUAAAAAAAAAGGAAGCCUAAGGCAAUAAUGUUUCAAGAUGAAGACUACGAACCCGUGUCUUUUGGUUCUUCGUGGAAAACAAAACGCUCAGUUCAAGAUGGCGCUUGUCAAACCAGCGAGAUAUUGGCGAAUGAAGCUGAGACACAAGCUACUUAUAAACAGGACGUUAUGAUUCAAACGGAGAAAGAAGAUGAGAAGAAGGCAGUAGCUGCUGUAGAAGAGGAAGACUCCCCUGAGCUGCUUGAAUUCCUCCGGCGAAUAUAUCCAGCACUUAUGGCAGAACUUGAUGCCAACACCAGGAGCCAUGCUUUUGAUGGGUAUCAGGUUGAUUGGGAGGAUUCGACUGACUCUGUUCAUUGUCUACAUACCCUCACACACUCAUUUGAAGAGAAAUUGGAAGUUACAUGUAUUUCGUGGAAUCCGACCGGUGCUGUUAUUGCCGUGGCUUAUGGCCGUUACGAUCAUCAGGAUUGGUGCACACAUAAGUCAUCUGUUUGCACAUGGAAUUUAGAUAGAAGAUCGUUCGAUCCAAAUAAACCGGAUGCAGUUAUCGACAUUUCGACUUGCGUUAUGUGUAUCGCUUUUCAUCCUGUUCUUCCCUCUCUCAUCCUCGUUGGAACAUUUAACGGGGCCGUUUUUGUCUACGAUAUCGCUAACGAAAACGAUCCAUUAAUUGGAUCUUCUGGCGUGGGUGAAAACACUCAUAAAGAUCCCGUUUCUCAGGUCACAUGGUUCAGCGAUCCCACCUCAAAAGACAAAAAGUUCAGGGUCAUCAGUGCGGGCGCGGAUGGCAAGAUCUUGAUAUGGCGACUCAGUCAAAGCAGCAAAAGUCUUAAGUUAUUGCGAGCUUAUGUCUUUCAGACUGACAACAUUCCUCGUAACUUUCGAGUGAGUAAAGCCCGUGACGACAGCAUGGUUGGAGUGACCUGCCUAUCUUUUUCUCACGAGGACCAGACGACUUUUAUUGCGGGCUCAGAAGGUGGUGGUGUAUUUAAAUGUUCCACGAACUCCAUUGCUCCUGCUUCGUCAGACGACAUGAAUUCGAUCCCAGUCCAUUCUCCAGUCACGCUUGCCUAUUAUCCAUACUUGGGUCCAGUUCACUCAGUUAGUUGCUCUCAGCAUCAUCGCAACGUAUUCCUUGCUGCUGGGGCUGACACGAUCAGACUGUACAACAUGCUACAGUUGACGCCUUCUCUUACCAUCGAACCUUCUCGCGAUUAUCUCUACUCGAUACGCUGGUCCUGUACGCGAUCGGUCGUCUUUGCUGUAACUUGUGCCAAAGGCAAGAUACUCCUUUAUGAUCUUAAGGAAAACAGAAUCAAUCCCGUACUGACGUUGAUCGGAUGUUCCAAGGAAAGUUCUGUUUAUACUGCGGAAUUCAAUCCUUCUAGGAAGCAUUUACUUGCAACCGGAAACGGAGUUGGCGAGGUGAAAAUUUGGAAACUAAGCGACGAGCUUGUGACGCCCAAACCACGUGACCAAGAUGUUCUUGAAAGCUUGGCUAUACUUUACGGAGACUGAUUGGCGUGUCGCAAGGUAACGAUCUAUCUUGUAUUGUUUAGCUAUGACACGAACAACUCGGUGAUUAUUUAUUUAUGAAAAUUAUUUAAGCGUCAAACAAGUAUUUAUGCACGUGAAUGAAACGUGACUACGUUUCUUCGCUACAUCCACCUCCUUUGUAAAAGGUUAUUUUCAAAUAAAGUUGUAGGAGUAUCGAGAA